GGCGGAGGAAAGAGCAGAGAAGCGGCGCCGCAGCGAGGGCAGCCGCAGCAAAAGAAAGGGAGUUUUGUCCUCGCUGCUGCUGCUGCUGCUGCGGCCGGCCUGGGAGCAAAGCAACCAUGGCCGCAGCUUGCCUCAGGCCCAAGGCGGGCUGCGAAGCGCGAAAGGCGAUUACGGCCACAAGAGGAGCAAACGCCCAGCAGUGACCAGCCUUCUGUUCCCAACGUCCAGGCCGCGCGUCCUCCAGCGGCAGGAGGCGGGGGGAGGGGGGGCACGCUCCGCUUCGCCUUGCCGUCGACCCUCACUUUCUCCUCGGCAGCGAAGGAGGUUACCAGCACCAUGUGGGGGAGGCUUCUCUCCGAGAUCGGGCAAAACGGGGAUUACCGGAUAGGCCCUGAAUGUUCUUCAGCAGGAUGGUUUUCGGGUACUGAUUCUCUGUGGCAAGCCACAGCCGGUCCAACCAGAGGUCAAAGUAUCCAUAUCAGAAGACACAGCAUAGCUUCUGACAGUGGGGACACAGGCGUUGGAACUUCCUGUUCUGAUAGUGUGGAAGAUCAUUCCACAUCAAGUGGUACUUCCUCGUUUAAGCCCAGCCGCUCGUUGAUCUCAAUUCCUACUGCCCAUGUAAUGCCAUCUCAUAUCAACACUUCGCUUUCAAAACAUAGGGAUCCUCUGAAGUCCAGUUCUGCAAAGUGGAGCACAAGCCUUUUGAGGUCUGCUCAAAGCAGGCAUCAGGGCAUGUUGGACAGCUCUCUUGAUAUGAAAGAUUUGAGGCCUGUAAGGAAGUGGUCAUCGUUGUCUAAACUCAGCACACCUCUUAGUUGUAACCAGGAUGGGGAUGUUUAUUCAGCAGAAUGCAGGAGCAACUUGGAUACAAAUGGGAGAGACAAGACUGUUUCACCACAAUUAAGGUCAAAUUGCUUGUACAAUAGUAUGGAACUAUUGAAGUCUGAGGACAGAGAAAAUGGGAAGAAAAAGAAUUCUACUUUGAACUGCAAAUACAAAUUUGAAAGUUGCAGCAAAGAAGAUUGGGGGGUUCCUGAUGUCACAAACAGGAGACAUGCCUUAGAUAUGACCUAUAGUGCCUUACCUGAAAGCAAGCCUGCUCCAUUAAACUCUGAAGCUUUUCAUCAAGAAUAUAUAACUUUGGAACCACAGGCUGCAGUCCCAUCCCAGGUUUCCAUUCAGUCUUCUGAAAGGACUCAGAGGUGGCUUACAGAACAAUUUCGUACAAAUCCUCCAGAAUCCAGGCCUUCUGAUGAGGAGUCAUACAGCUUAUCUCCGUGGCAGUUACAGCAACUUGAAGAACUUAGAACAGGAAAUGAACACUCUCUGCAGGUUCUGGGUGGAUCGUAUCAUCAAAGUUAUCCAGCUACAAACUUUCAGGACUAUAAUAAUUGGGAGUCCCUGAUGAAAAUUAAAGAAGGGCUGUUAAGGCAAAAAGAAAUUGUGAUUGAUAGGCAAAACCAGCAAAUUAACCUUCUGUAUCAGAAAAUAAGAGAGAAUGAACUACGAGCUCAACAAGCAAGAUUAGGGCACAUUGUAAAUUGUGAAGAGUCAUACAUGAAUAGUUUCCAGCCUCAGUAUGAGAAACCAUCAAUGCCGGCUCAAUUUGCAGAGAGAUCUUUGACCCAAUGUGAAAGGGAGCAAGUUAAGCUUGCAUCAGUACAAAAUAAGGAGGUACAACUCAGUGAGUUUUUGAAAGAAAUAGUAAACAAAUCUAAUGAAGAUAAAAAGAAAAUGGAAGAGAAGCUCAAAACCCGAGACAGGUACAUAAGUAGCUUAAAAAAGAAAUGCCAGAAAGAACUGGAACAAAAUAAAGAGAAACAGAGACGAAUUGAAACACUUGAAAAAUACCUAGCUGAUUUGCCAACCCUGGAUGAUGUUGAGAAGCAAAGUAAAGAGCUACUGGGUCUUGAAGAAAAAUAUAAGCAGCUGAAAGCUACUAUGUUUAAGCUAGAAAAGGAAUUGGAGGAAUCUAAGACGCAAUGUAAAGAAAAAGAAUUACAGCUUGUGUGCCAGAAGAAGAAAGAAAAAGAAUUGAUAGUUGCAGUGCAAAGCUUGCAACAGAAAGUAGAAAAAUGCCUGGAAGAUGGUGUCCGUCUUCCUAUGUUGGAUGCAAAACAGCUUCAGAGUGAAAAUGAAAGCCUCAAAGAAAAAAAUGAGAAGGCUAAUAAGGUCAUAGACAAUCAACAAAAUCGGAUCACCGAGUUAUCUUUAGAGAUACAGUCUAUGCAAGAAAAGCUUUUGGAAGGAAAUCUGACAAUUCAGAAACAAAAAAAUGAACUUGAAGAAAAGGAUAAGACUCUACAGCAGUUAAAGGAGGUAGUUCUUGAGAACCAAAGAAUUAUGGAAGAAAAUGCAAGUUUAAGAGAAGAGAUUCAUCAGAUGGAGCAGUCCAGACAACCGGUGGCUGAAAAGUUACCUGUGGCAGAUCAGUUGUUCAUACAGAUGUCUCACUGUCUAUUUGACUUGAAAGCACUUUGCAGUAUUCUUACUCACAGAGCUCAGGGCAAAGAACCUAACCUGUCCUUGCUGCUCGGAAUCCAAUCAAUGAACUGUUCCUCUGAAGAUGAGAAGCACCAUAGCACAGAAAGUCUCUCAAAGAAGCUCUCAGAGGUUUGUCAAUUACGGAAAGAUAUUGAUGAACUGAGGACUAUAAUUUCAGACUGCUAUGCUCAGGACAUGGGAGAAAAUUGCAUUACACAGUGAUGACAUCUUGGCCUCACACUAACAACUAAGUUAUUAAAUGCUGCUCUGGUUUUAGCUCCUCAAGUUUCUGUUACAAACAAUACUGGAAAGCAAAUGCUGUGCCAGGUGAAAAAGGUUUAAUGCAUAGUUCAUGCAGGUAAUACGUUCUUCUAUCGAAGAGAUUUUGUGCUGCAAAAAAAAAAUCUAAUUUCUUUAAACUACUGAAUGUAGGUCAAAGCUGUGAAUAAUGUUCUUUUGAAAAUGGUUUUUAUUUCUUUUGUUAAGCUGAUAAAAGAAAAUGCAAUGUUUUCUGGAGUAAAAAUGGAAUUGCCAGAAGAGGGCACUGUAAUAGUAGCUUUAGGGAGAAGAUCAAUCCGGAGAAUCUUCAUGACAAAAGCAGUUGGGGAUGCUUGGUGAUUUGAAGGUCAAAUAUUAGAACUGUGGAUAAAGAAGAUACAGAGUCAUAACAAAGAUUCUUUUGAAUGCAGGGAAUAUCGAUGGUUUGGGCCACAUUUGGUAAAAUUAUAUGCUCUUUAAGGGUUGCAUUCCCAGUUUAAUUAUUAUUUUAUUCUGCAGUUCUUGUGUAAUGCAAAGGGAAAAAAGAUGAGAAAACAUUCACAUUUCAGAGAAGGAAGGGAUUCAGACUUAGAAUUUAAUCACCAACUGUUGUUCUCUUUUGUGUUAAUUAGGUUGGGCAAAAAUGGUUUUGAUAAAAGAUUAUUUUAAAAAAAACAACUUCUAAGUGUGAUAUCUUCAUAACAAUAUAUAUUUUACUCUUUGUUUGAAAUUUGGCACAGUAGUGUCUUCUGAAUGUGAAUGUUUGAAUUUCAGCACACAGAAAAAUAAAAAGCCUUAAAGAAACCUGAUUUUUUCUGGCAGUCUGAAACAACAGAUCUUGAUGAAUAAUUAAUAUAGUUGCUUCAAAAUUAUAUCACAACUAGCAUAAAAACCUUAUGUGAGAACAGAGUUCUUGACUAUUCAGGCAAAUAUGCUUAAGUUCCUCUUAUUACCAGAAGAAGGCUGGGAUGAAAUCAGCAGUGCCAACCUUCAUAGGCGCAGUGUUAAAAUGCCUGAAUUAAUGGUAUUCCACUUUGUAAUCCAGGUUUAUAUAUUUUGCUGUGUUGAAAUUUAUAUGCCAUUUGUCAAGACAAGCCUGGUACCACUUUAUUCUGAUAAUCUAUUCUACAAUCUAUAAAAAACACCUUCUUUGAAAAAAGGAGGAGGCUAACUAAAUACAAUGCGUGAUGCUGAUCAUGCCAUGAGGCUCAUAAUUUCAGUUAAGUUGAUGCUUAAAGAGCAAGAAAUAGAUUAGUAUUUUCAAUUUCUUACAUUAGUAUUUUUCUUUAAGCAAUUUUUAAACCUUGAUUUUAGAUUGAUAUUUUCACAUUUUGUGUGAUUCAAAUUUACAUUUUAUUUGUAAAUGAUGCAGUUGAAAAAAUUGUCCUUUUUAAAGUAAUAUUUAUUUUAAUAGGAGCUUAUUCCUACUCUGGUGACUAUACUAUCUAUGGAAAUUUAUUUUAAUAUUGAACUUAAUUGAUGCUCAGUUGUUUUAAAUGCACACCUGUAAAUAUUACAUGGAAGCAGCUAGUAAAGAAUGCAGAUACAAUCCUGCUGAUUGAGGCCUGAAUUUAAAAUAUUAAGAUCACAACCUCAAGAGUAUUACUAGAAAUAAAAUUGAGCAGUACUUACAAUUGUAACUUUAAAUCCAUAUCUAUGCAGAUGAAGGGGUGGGUGAUCAGAACUUGAUUCACUUUCUCACCAAUGAAGAAUGGGUGCAAGACUGACUUUCUUACUAUACUGUGCUAUUAAGAAGCACAAAUGUCAUUUUGUGAUUCUAAAUGUUCUUAUUUUAUAUUCUAUUUGACUCUGUAUCUUGCAAAUAAUUUGGAAUUGCAGCAUUAUAUUAUUAUUAAGAAAGGAUCUUCCACAAUAAAGAUAGGAGCAAUUUGUGGAAGUCGAUUUUUGACACAAAAUUGUCAAGAAAUUUCCUUUUUGCAUGGGCUGCAAAUAACAUUUUAAUUAACUGGUUAGCUGGAUUGUUUAGCUUCUUUAGCAAUCCUCAUAUUGUCUACUUUAUUACAUCAUGAGGUCUUAUCACUUUUACUUCAAAUAGACAAUCAUAUAGCACUCAAGGAACAACUAAUUUUUGAGAGAUUAUCCCAGAUACCUGAUACUUUUGAACCUUGCCCAGAUAUUUGUUUAACUAAUGUAGUUUAACAUUAUACUCUAUGCAUGUUUAUGAACCUUUUUUUAAAAAAAAAGGUUUGACAAAUUAUUUUACAAUUCGUAUUUUUAAAAAGUUGAUAUUUUUGCUCUUGAAAUAAGAAUUGUGUUACAAGAAAUGUCUUCUAAUAUGCUGUAGAGCAGUGUUUUUCAAACUUGGCAACUUUAACCUGGACUUCAACUCCUAGAAUUGUCCACCCAGCAUGCUGUCCACAAAUCUUAAAGUUGCCAAGUUUAAAAAAAACACUUGUAGUUAAGACGUCGGUGAAAAUAAAUGGGUAAUUUGUUUAACAAUUAUUUCAGUUUAACAUGCAUAUAUGUAUUCUUGUAAAUACAUAAAUAAAACUUUACUCAUCAGUUUAUUAAAAAUAAACUCACUGAUCUACAGCACUUUGGGGACCUACUUCACCCCAUCCUUCCACUCAUAUCCAGUGAAAAACCGAAGGUGUAGCAUGCAUUUCAGUUGCAUUUCUAUUGUCAACAACCCUCAGUGAUUGCAAUUCAUUGGUCGAAUAGAGGAUACUCCUAAUGGAUAUGUGUUGAUAAGGAUCUCCAGUGUUUUAGAGAAGGCCUGAGGCUGUACAUCUAUGUGGCCUUCUUUAUACUACCAGCAAACACAGAGUGUUGGGAAUUAGGGUUAUUAGUACGACCCUCUUUUCUUCUUACCCAUUCAUUGGAACAACUAAAAAAAGGUUGUUAUUUCUGACAUCUUGGCCUAUCAAAG